AUGCUUGUCUCGGGAAAUACAGACAGAACCGUCCGGGAGCUGUCACGUCUGUACAGCACUAGGAGCCGAAAAUCACACAGAAAACCACCGCAACCGAAAAAACCCACAAGAACCAAUGCUUUUGACAAUCUGAAUGCGAAGCCGGCUGCUGUGCGUAGCACGGUCUCUCCACGCACACUGACUGUCUUUGGCGUCGGCGUUCUGAGCAUUAGCCUAUAUUGCGGCUACUUGUAUUCAUCAUAUCGACAAGCAGUAGCUCAUUCGAAAACACUACAGGUGCCAGAAGAUGUAUCUGAUCGAUACAAUUCUACAGCCACUGGCUACGAUGCCGAGGUGGAGCUUGGAGAAAGAUUUAUGCGGCUAGGUGCGAGGAGAAAAGAACUUGUUCGAAUGGCUCGUGGGGAUGUGCUGGAAGUGAGUUGUGGUACUGGCCGGAACAUGGAGUACUAUCAGCUUGGAGAGCGAAGAGGGCUUGAUAGUCAAGGUCACUCUGAGAUACAGGGCUGUCGAUCGGUUACAUUUGUCGAUCUGAGUCCGCAGAUGGUGGAAAUUGCUCGACAAAAGUUCCGAAAACAAUACCCCGACUUCACAAAGGCUGUGUUUCGCGCGGAAGAUGCCAGAGAGGUUCUUCCAACAGCUGCCAGCGCUGAUCCGAGGGGUGGUGAGUCAUCGUCAUCGUCGUCGCCAUCGCCAUCACCAUCGCGGUCGUUGCCAACGUUGUUCUUCUCACAGAAGACAUCGACAGGACCCCCGACUGCGGAAUCAUCCGAGAUGCCGCCUUCCUCCCAUACAGCAGAGAAAGCAGGAUGGGCAUUCUCGAGAUCUCACUUCGACACUGUGCUAGAAACUAUGGGAUUGUGCUCCACCACAGACCCGGUUGGUCUGUUGCGACACCUGGGCUCUAUCACGGAGCCCCAAAAGGGGCGAAUAUUACUCCUGGAACACGGUCGAUCCCACUAUGACUGGCUGAAUAAAGUCCUGGAUAAUUUAGCGCCAGCACACGCGCAUCGACACGGGUGCUGGUGGAAUCGUGAUAUCGGGCAUAUCAUCGAGCAGAGCGGGCUCGAGGUUGUGGAGAUUAAACGGUAUCAUUUGGGGACAACGUGGAGGGCUGUUUUGAGGCCGAAGGCGGCUACUCCAUAA